AUGGCUUCCGGCCAUGACCCCAAGCUUCUCUAUGCCGUCGACGACAUCAAGGCCUACCACAUCGUCAACGGCAAUGAGCAGUCCCUCACCCCAAGCGGGCCGCAGACCCUGUCGCUUCUCAUGGUUCCUACGUCUUCUGGAUAUGCUGACCCGUCGGGCAUUGGUGCCGGCGAAGACGACUUUUACUUGCACCUUCAUCUACCUCCCGAGCUGGACCUGCCCUUACCUGCCACCACGCAAAUUUAUCAUCAGCCGCCGACGAGCUACCUGAUUCCCCGAUGGGAUCUCGGCCCUGAAAGCGGCGCCUUCACCCGCAUCGAGUUCCCGGCCGUCGGCAGCCGCCCGGGCAUCCAGGAAGAUGUAGACACCUUUGAGACCAUCCUGGCGCAGUGCACGGCCUUUUUGGAGUGCGCUCCGCCGCCAAAGCCUGGCAGGACGGCGCCAACCCACGCAGCAGCAUCCCAGAUCGACAAGGCCAGGGAGGCGGCCGGCGAAGAGCUGCCUGCGUAUGACCCUGGUAACUUUACCAAGGGCGAGGCAUAUGUUCAGGGCAGCCUGAGCUCCGCUGCAAAGGGUGGACGCAUCGUGCUGGUGGACGAGGAAGAUGGCAGUGUCAUUGGCGAGCUGAGCGACGGAUAUCAGGUGGACGACGGUGCCAUACAGCCCGGAUCCAAAGACCCUGUGGAAAUUGCUCUCCCCACCGACGCCUCGCAAGCAAUCAACGUCCAGCCCGCUUCAGCAUACCAUGAAGCGGACAGGAUGCAUCCCGCAUACAAAAAGUCGUCCAUCGUCAACAUGGGUGUGAGAGCGUCCCGUCUGCUCAUCACCACAUCGGACUGCGUGGCACAGGCCCUCAACAACCAAGCCGACCACUUGACCAAGAAGACACAGCCCAACACCAAACCCGUCACCUUUACGCCCACCACCCGCGCGCACAUUCGCAAGAUUAACCAAUAUUCCAACAAAGCUGCAGGGUUGUCCGCCGCCACGGUCGGCUCCAUCGUCAAGGUUGCCCAGAGCUUUGGCGCCGCACUUUCCAGGCGCAAGGACGGCCGCGCCAGGGGCUACGACAAGGAUGGCAACGUGGUCGAAACCUACAAACCCGGCAUGUUGAACAAGAGCCUGAUGGCUUUCAACACCGUUGUGGACGGAAUGGAGCAGGCCGGCCGCAGUUUGCUCACCAGCACCACGACAAGCGUGAGCCAAGUCGUCGAGCACAAGUGGGGCCCUGAAGCCGGCGAGGUUUCGCGCGAUCUGGGCGGUGGGUUCAAGAAUGUCGGCUUGGUGUACAUUGAUAUCACUGGCGUGUCUCGUCGUGCCAUUCUCAAGAGCGUAGCCAAAGGUAUGGUUGUAGGCAACGUGAAGGGUGGAGGACAAGUUAUUGUUGGAGGGGGCGAAAAGCCAAGUGGGGAAGAGGAAGCUGCAUCACGCGAGGGCAGUGGAAGCUUAAAGGGCACCAAAGGCUCAUGA